AUGGGUAAAAAAGAUAAAACUGAAAUUAAAGUAGAAGAAGAAAAUAAAGAAAAAAAACAAUAUAAAAAAAAGAAAGAAAGAGAAGAAUUGGAAAUACCAAAAGGUAUUGAUCCAUGGAAACCAUUAGAAUUAAAGAGAGAUGAUGUUGGUAAACGUGUACUCUAUGAUGAUUCAUCAUUUGCAACCUUAUUCCCAAAAUACAGAGAGAAAUAUUUACAAGAGAUUUGGAAAUUAGUUGAAAAUGUUUUACAUGAACAUGGUAUCGAAUGUAAAUUAGAUUUAAUUGAAGGUAGUAUGACUGUCACAACAACUAAAAAAUGUUGGGAUCCUGUAGCUAUCCUAAAAGCAAGAGAUUUAAUUAAAUUACUAUCAAGAUCUGUACCAUUUGAACAUGCACAAAAAGUAUUAAAUGAUGAUUAUAAUUGUGAUAUUAUUAAAAUUGGUGGUUUUGUUAGAAAUAAAGAGAGAUUUGUAAAGAGAAGACAACGUUUAGUUGGUCCAGAUGGUAGUACAUUGAAAGCAAUUGAACUUUUAACAAAAUGUUAUGUUUUAGUACAAGGUAAUACUGUUUCUUCAAUUGGUCCAUGGAAUGGUUUAGUUCAAGUUCGUAAAAUUGUUGAAGAUUGUUUAAAAAAUAUUCAUCCAAUUUAUAAUAUUAAAGAAUUAAUGAUUAAAAGAGAAUUAGAAAAAGAUGAAACAUUAAAGAAUGAAAAUUGGGAAAGAUAUUUACCACAAUUUAAAAAGACAAAUCAAAAUAAAAAGAAAAAAGUACAAAAAAAGAAGAAAGACAGAGAUGCAGCACCAUUUGCACCACCACAAUUACCAAGAAAAGAAGAUCUUGCUAUGGAAUCUGGUGAAUAUUUUGCAAGUGAAGAAAAGAAACGUAGAAAGAUACAAGCUGAUAGAGAAGCUAAACAUGCAGAAUCUGAUCAAAAGAGAAAGGAUGAAAGACAAAAAUCACAAAUUGCACCUGCUGAAAAAGAUAGAUCAACCACUACCACCACUAAUACUUCAAACAUUCAAGAUACACUCUCAAAUAUUAAAAAUAAUUUAAAAAAUAAUAAAAGAAAGGAAGCUCCAACAAAUAAUGCAGAUGAUUUUGUUUUAAAGAAAAAUAAGAAAUAA